AUGGCCCAGCUGCGAGCCUGCGAAGUCCGGCAGCUGCUGCACAACAAGUUCGUGGUGGUCAUGGGGGACUCAGUCCAGCUGGCCGUGUACAAGGACCUGGUGCUCCUGCUGCAGAAGGACUGCCUGCUGUCCUCCAGUCAGCUGAAGGCCAAGGGCGAGCUGAGCUUCGAGCGCGACAUGCUGCUGGUGGGCUGCAGCAGCGGCCGCAUGCACUACGGCAGCCACUACCGCGAGGUGCGCCAGUUCCGCUCGGGCCACCACCUGGUGCGCUUCUACUUCCUCACGCGCGUGUACUCGCACUACGCGGAGCGCGUCGUGGAGGAGCUGCGUAGGUCCGAGCCCGCCCCGGACGUGGUGGUCAUGAACUCCUGCCUCUGGGACCUGGCCAGGGAUGGCCGGGGCUUCCCCAGGAGCUACCGGCGUGACGUGGAGAGCCUGUUCGCGCGGCUGGACUGGGCGCUGCCCACGUCCUGCCUCUUGCUGUGGAACACGGCCAUGCCCGUGGCUGACACCAUCUCGGGAAGCUGCCUCCCUUGCGCGCGCCAUCUCCGUCGCGCCCACCUGCGCGAAGAUGUGAUGGAGGCCAACUUCUACAGCUCCGCCGAGGCGGAGAGGCGCGGCUUCGACGUGCUGGACCUGCAUUUCCACUUCCGCCACGCCGCGCGGCACCGGCUCCCCGACGGCGUGCACUGGGACGAGCGCGCGCACCGCCACCUCUCCCAGCUGCUGCUGGCCCACCUGGCAGACGCUUGGGGCGUGGACCUGCCCCGCCGCGAAGCCGUGGACGGGUGGGUCAGGCAUGGCCACGCCAACAGACGUGCAGCCCCGGCGGGCCGAAGGCGGCCCCGAGACGACCGAGCGGACCCACACGGCCGAGGGGACCGAGCGGGCAGAGGAGACCUCCGCUCCCCCCGACCGCCCACUUCGUUCUUUCCCUGGGCUCGACCGCCUUUCCCUCCCCGCCGCCAGGUCGCCUAUCUGCCCUCCUACCGGCAUUUCUCCAGCGACUCCUCCACGCGCCACAUCCGACAUAGAAGCGAAGAAAACGCCAGGGUUGGCCGCGGGUCGCGGCCGGGCCCCAUCCGCACAAGCUCCGCCCUACACCGAGAGAGGGGGCAUUCCCCUUACCGUCCGUGGCGCCCCAGCGAGCCACGCCUGAGCCAGCGAAGCCGCACACGCACACACAGAGGGGUCCCGAGAACACCCAGGCUUCAGUAG